AUGUUCAAUUAUAAAUAUCUAAGUCGUGAACACCUUGAAGGGUUCGAUAAUUAUAAGUAUAUGGCAAUAGACACCAGCCCUCUGAGUGUUUAUGUUAUGCACCCAUUUUGGAACAAAGUCGUUGAGUUGGUACCAAAAUGGGUGGCGCCCAACGUGUUAACUUUUGGCGGGUUCCUACUCAUUAUACUGAAUUUUCUGUUCCUAUCGUACUAUGACUACGAUUACUACGCUGCUAGUACGCCGGUAUACAACGGGACCAUCGGAGAAGCAUCUCUUAAUGGCCAUGAAGAAGUGAUUCCACAGUCGCUUUGGUACGCUAUUGGCGUAUUUCUUUUCCUUGCAUAUACUCUCGAUGGUAUCGACGGUAAACAAGCUAGACGGACACAAACGUCAGGGCCACUGGGCGAAUUGUUUGACCACGGCCUGGAUUCAUACACGGUAUUCUUUAUACCAGCCUGUCUCUACUCCAUAUUUGGACGAGCUGACUACUCUAUACCUCCUAUCAGGAUAUAUUAUGUGAUGUGGAAUUUACUUCUCAAUUUCUACAUCAGCCAUUGGGAGAAAUACAAUACAGGUGUUUUGUUCCUACCCUGGGGGUACGAUUUCAGUAUGUGGGCUUCCACGGCAUUCUUCCUAUGGACGGGUGUGAAAGGGACCAGCUUUUAUAAGAAGUAUUUAUUCUCUGGGUAUACUGUAGCCAAUGUUUUCGAAGUGCUCAUCUACGCGACUGGGGUGUGUACCAAUUUGCCCGUCGCCUUGUAUAAUAUUUAUCAAUCAUACAAACUUCGCACCGGCAAGAUGCGAACAGCGACCGAAGCACUGAGACCUUUGUGGUCCUUUUUGACAGUAUUCGUAGUGUGUUCGAUAUGGGUACACAAGUCCAGUCACCUACCUGACUAUGACCUUAGGGCACUGUUCUUACUCUACGGAACAUUAUUUAGCAACGUUGCUUGUCGUCUAAUUGUGAGUCAAAUGAGCAACCAGCGGUGUGACGCCGUGAACUGGCUGCUGUGGCCGCUGACGCUGAGCGCCACGGUGUCGCUGCUGCUGCCGCACUACGAAGUAGCUGCCUUCUAUGGGAUGACACUCCUCACUAUAGCGGCUCACAUCCACUACGGGACCUGCGUGGUACGACAGAUGUGCGCCCACUUCAGAAUAAGCUGUUUCUACAUAAAGCAAAGAUCAGAUUGA